AUGGCAGUUACAACCAAGCAUGGGCACCAGCCAGCCCAAAGGCUGGGGUGGGCGGCACCGGCCUACCAGAAAAAGGAUGGUGCAAACAAUCAUCCUGGGCCGCGCAGGCGUCGCUUGCAUCAUGACGGUGUGAAACCCGAUAGGCGGUUCAGGGUGAGAGUAGGGAGUUGGAACGUGGGAAGUAUGAGAGGGAAAGGAGUGGAGAUAUGUGAGGAACUGAGAAAUAGGAGGGUGGAUGUGUGUUGUGUCCAGGAGAUGAGUUGGAGAGGGGAGGGGGCUAGGAUGAUGGGAGUUGAGGGAAGGAGGUAUAAGUUGUGGUGGAAAGGAAAUAAUGAUGAACUAGGGGGUGUAGGAGUCUUGGUAAAGGAAGAAUUAUGGGAGAAGGUGGUGGAGGUGAGAAGGAGAAAUGAUAGGGUGAUGACAAUUGUGAUGGCUUUUGAGGAGGAGGUGAUGAGGUUGAUAUGUGUCUAUGCCCCGCAAAGAGGGUGA